AUGCUCAACUUUGGCGGUCCGGGUCUUACUGCGCGCGAGACACUGGCAAAUCUCGCCAGUCUCUUGCAAGCUCUCUGCGGCGGCCGCUAUAACCUCAUUGCCUUCGAUCCACGAGGGACCGGCAACACGGUGCCGUUUACCUGCUACGAUCGUGCUUACUGGAUGCAGACUUUCUUCGAAGAUCCCAUUGCUCCCAAUGAUCCGGACGAGAUUCCCCUGGGAAAACUUUGGUCAAGAGGCUCCAUAGUGUCCAACCUCUGUGCGAAGAAGCACAGCGAAACCGGCAGGAUGAUUGGAACGACGUUUGUCGCAAGAGACAUUGUCCGGGUUGCGGAGGCCCUGGGCGAGGAUGGUCUGGUGCGGUAUUGGGGAUUCUCGUACGGGUCGACGCUUGGCGCCACUCUCAUCUCCAUGUUCCCUGACAAGGUGGACAAGGUGAUUCUAGACGGGGUUCAGAAUCCGCACGAGUAUUACAAUGCAUUCGCAGACUACGAGGAAUGGGCGCAAUCGGACCAGGUCUUCUCGGGUAUCUUCCAGGCUUGCGCUGCAAAUCCUGACCAAUGCUCCCUUGCCCGGCCUGGGAAGUCAGCUGCGGACCUCGAAAGUUCCGUCUGGGAUCUCUUUGAGACUCUGAAGCGACGCCCCAUCCCAGUUGGGACCCUGACGCUUGACAACAACGUCCUUCGUCGCUUGGUUUCUGGUGCUCUUUACACGACAACGGCGUGGAAAAACCUCACCGAUGUUUUCGAUAUGCUUGUCUCGGGCAACAUCAGUGAACAGCGUGUGCUUGAUAGCAUGGGUGGUGCCCCCUCGAUAUCUGACAACGACUUGGACAGCAAUAUCAAUCAGUCGGCGGCCUCGAUUAUGCCCUUCUUUGGCAUCCAUUGCUCCGACCGAGCGGCACGGGCCCAGACCUUCGACAACGUCCUUCCCUCUAUCCACCGCCUCUUCCAGAUUAGCAAAAUCAUGGGCGGGGUCGUCUCCCUCCCAACCAUUACCUGCUCGCAGUGGAAGCUGGAACCCAAGGAACGUUACCGAGGUGACUUUCACGUCCGGCCCAGGAGGCCGGUUCUGCUCGUCGGAAAUACCUACGACGGCCAAACCCCUCUUGCUUCGGCCCGCAACGUCAGCUCCGGAUUCAAAGACAGCGUGGUUCUCGAGGUCAACGGUUAUGGCCAUACCUCGCUCAACCUGCCCUCAAUGUGCGCUCUCAAGACCGUCUCGAGCUAUUGGCUCAACGGAACACUGCCGCAGCCCGGAACCGUCUGCGAGGUGGAUGCUCCGCCUUUCUCCAAUAUCACCUGGAAUGACCUGUUGAAGAAUUCGAGCAAAGAAGAGAAGCGCCACCUAAAGAGGAAUGCCGACCACAUGUAUCCGGUGGCUUUUAAUCCGUGA